CUUGUAUUAACACAUUAAAAAAAAGAAAAAAAAUCAUUUAAGAACUCUAAAGCUUCGACAAAGACAAAACAGAAACUCUUGUCCUCUUCAACUCAAACCUCUCACUCUGAGAAUCUCAAUCCAAAACUUGACAAAGACAAAGAAAAAAAAUAGUGGCGAGUUCAUAUUCCACCAGAUAAGAACAUGAGUGAGUCCUUCGAAGUAUAUUUCACCAUACAUUGGAGGGGAAAGUUUGAAAUAACUGAAGGUAUAACAUCAUACAAGGGAGGAGAUGUUGUUCAACUUGAAUGUCCUCCCCAAAUGUUGUUCACAAAGAUGGCUGAGGCACUCGGGAAUUCCUUGAAUGGGCAAAGGGUUUGGUACAAACUCCCUAACGAUGAUUUCACAGAGCUUAAAUUGAUGUGUAGUGGAAAUGAAAUGUUUGAGAAGAUGCUUGAGGAGACAGUCUUUUGUAAGGCAGUUCAAAUUUUUAUGGAGAAAGACGACGACAAUGAUGGUGGAGAUGGUGAUGGAAGUGGGGAUAAUGGAGCUUCAGGUGGCAGAAGGUCUGGUGAAGGUGAUAGAGUGUCUGGUAUAGGCGAUAAUUGUGAUGAGGAAAUUCUUGAGGAAGAUGCACGAGUGGAGAAAAACAAUAGAAGGAUUUGUGGAUGAAGAAGAGAAUCACAAUGAUGAGGUGACUCCUCAGAAUUCUGACUGUGAGGAUGAUGAACGCCAUUACCAAAGGUAUAAAAAGGGAAGUGGGGUUCUUACCUUAGGCCAAGCAUUUGAUAGUUUGGCUGAGUUCAAGGAAGCUGUGGUUGAUUACUCUUUGAAGGAAGGAUUCAAUGUUAAAUUCACAAGAUGGGGAUCUCAAAAAUCUGAGGUUAGAUGUGCAGUUGUUGCUGUACGUGAAGAUAGCAACAAUAGUGGAGCUGAUGUAGUUGCACCGGUAACUGAAAAGGAUGGAGAUGGAAGUACUGAGAAUCAAAGCUGUCCUUUUAGAAUCUACUGCUCCUUUGAAAAAUCUUUAGGGAUGUACUUGAUCAAGACAUUCGAAGAUGAGCAUUCAUGUAUACCAGACGGGUAUUCUACGGCUAUUAGGGAUCAUAUCAUUGCAAAGUUGUCACUGAAUGAGAUAAGAAGAGAUCCUAAACUGAAGCCUAAGGCGAUGCAAGCAAAGAUGGAGGAGAAAUAUAAUGUGAUUGUCUCUAAUGAUCAGUGUAGGAAGGCUAAACAACAAGCACUGAGGAUGGUUCGAGAUGAACAUGACGCGCAAUUUGCAAGGUUAAAGGACUACAAAAUGGAGGUUAUAAAGUGUAACCCGGAUUCUACUGUGGAACUUGGGACAUUAACCAAUGAAAGUGGAAAAGAGAUAUUUGACCGGAUAUAUGUCUGUUUAGCGCCUCUGAAGAGAACUUGGACUGCUCACUGCCGUCCAAUAUUUGGGAUAGAUGGAUGUUUUCUGAAGAGUAAUGAGAAAGGACAGUUCUUAGCAGCUGUAGGGAGAGAUGCAAAUAAUCAAUUAUUUCCCAUAGCGUGGGCAGUAGUGGAAGUUGAAAAUACUGAUAGUUGGCUAUGGUUCAUUCAGCUGCUGAAGCUUGAUUUGAACUUGUUGGAUGGAACAGGGUUCACUUUAAUCUCAGAUAGGCAGAAAGUAAGUGUUUCACUCUAAUCUUCGAUCACUAUAAUAGGUAAAUGUGGUUGCAACGAUUUCUAUCACUGUUAUGGUUAAAUCAGUCACUUGCAAUAUAAAAAGUGUGAAAGCCCCAAUGUUUAAAAACCCUCUGUUACCUAUGAAAAAAAAUUAUGGCGAAAAUUGAGUAAGAAAUUUACCUCAUGUUCUUAUCUGGUGGAAUAUGAACUCGCCACUAUUUCUUUUCUUUGUCUUUGUCAAGUUUUGGAUUGAGAUUCUCAGAGUGAGAGGUUUGAGUUGAAGAGGACAAGAGUUUCUGUUUUGUCUUUGUUGAAGCUUUAGAGUUCUAAAUGAUUUUUUUUCUUUUUUUAAUGUGUUAAUACAAGAGAUAAUACACGUCA